UGCAGAAGGCGUAAAACCGUCGGUCAUAUUGAGAAAGCUUGAAGCACCGUUCGGGGACAAUACGCUUAAAAAGACUCAAGUGUACAAGUGGUACAAACAAUUUUUAGAAGGACGAGAAUCUAUUGAAAAUGAGGGGCAUCGACGUCGCCCGAGGACCAGAGUAACAGAAGAGAAUAUUCGCCUGGUUGGCAGCCUUAUCGAGGGUGACCGUCGAUUAACGGUCGCUGAAAUUGCUUCUGUUGUCAGAAUAAGCUUCGGGAGCGUUCAAGCAAUCAUUACUGACGACCUUGGGUUUCGAAAUGUGUCCGCCAGAUGGGUCCCUCGUCUUCUCACCGAAAAUCAGAAACGGCACUGUUUGAAGGUGUGCGAAUGGCUUUUGACACGCUCUCAGGCUGAAGGGGAAGCUUUUUUGUACCGAAUUGUGACUUGCGACGAAACAUGGGUGCACCACUACACCCCAGAAUCUAAAGAAGCCAGUAUGGAAUGGCGAAAGAAAAGUGAAUCUGCACUCAUCAAAGUCAAAACUCGGCUCUCAGCUGGAAAAGUUCUUGCAACUGUAUUUUUGGACUUUAAAG